GGUGCUCCAGAAGAUAUGGUUUCCUUACAGUACUCUGCCCGUGAAAUGAAAUGCAGGAUCUUUGAUUCAGGCAACGCUGAUUUUGGCGAUUCUAAGAUUCCAGGCACUGGUGAGAUCAAAACCAAGCCGGAUGGUUGGGAAACUACCUCGAGGGGUCAGGACGGUAACAUAUGGGAGAUCUCACAGCGCGAAGAGGACAUUCUUCUCCAAGAAUUUGAGAGGCGCAUUGCUUUCAGUAAACAACAGAUUGCUAGCUUCAUCAAAACUCACAUAUUUAGUCGAAGACGGCCUAUUGACGGAUGGAAGUACAUGAUUGAAGAAAUAGGCCCCAACGCAAAAGGAAAGGGGAGUGUACAGAGACUGCCAAGUGUGACUGAUCCGGCCACACAGCCGUUCAGGGAGGAGUCACCUGCAAUUGCCUCUGCUGGUUCCUCUGCUUCCUCCUCUGGUACGCCCUUUAGAGGAAACCGGCAUUACUGAUGUUCAGUAUGCAAUCUCCUAUCGAUUUCGUUGGUAUGGUGGAAUGCAUCAAGGCUUUGUGGCUCCAAAAGUGAACUGGUAGCUAGUAGAUUCCUUGUGGAGAAACUUUGUGUAUUUUCUGGGUCAUAUAUGCUUCCUUGUGUACUGAUAGGCUGUUUUUUCUUUUCUUUUGAAAAUGGAUACGCUGUUUUUUAAAUACAUUGUUUUUGCGAACCUUUA